UUCUGCACAAACCAAGCCAAGCCUCACAAUGCUGAUUUUACCAAACCAAGUGGCUGAUAAAUUAGCUGUGAUGUAGCUGUUUCUAGACCUCCCUUUCUGCAAUUUAGUCUUCACACGGCUCUGAUGGCAGAGUGGGACAGGUGGACUGAGCUGGAGGAGGAACCCAACGUCUCCUGUUUGGGACAAUUCGAGUAGCAGUAGACAAAAAAAAGAAAAAGGGUGGAACAGAGUCAGUUCAGAGCUUACGUCUCACUGUGUCCACCCACCUCUACCACCCCCUCGUUACUCUCUCCUAUGCACACUCCCUUGCAUACAUUCCCCUUCCCCAUUUGUAUCCUCCUCUCUCCGAUGCUGGUGUGGUGAGCAGCAGAACACUUGGCUGAGCUGCAUGGAGGCGCAGGGAGGGGCAGGGAGCCCAGAGCCCAACAAAGACAUCCAGAAGCUGCUGAAGCCAUCCAGCUCAGGUGAUCUAUCCAAGGAGCUGUUCCAGCACCCAUCAGGGGAGGGAGAGGGCAGCCUGUCGGGCCACUCCGCCAGCCUGCUACACAUCAGCGAGAAGAGACAACCUCUGAGCAGUGUGUCGUCUCUGGAGGUCCACUUUGACCUGUUGGAUCUGACUGAGCUGACUGACAUGUCUGACCAGGAGCUGGCUGAGGUCUUUGCCGACUCUGAUGAGGAGAACCACAAUGAGUCUCCAGCAGGUUCCCACCAGCCUGUGCUGCACAGGAGCGGCUACAUGCGCUCUCCCUCAUGGACGCGCUGUAGUAAAGUGGAGCUCCCGCGUGAGAGAAAGCAUCACAGUGACUCAGACACCGCGGAGCCCUUAAUGAAGCUAGAGAGACCGAAGCAUCCUUAAAGCUCAAGUCAAAACAACUGGCCUGCAAAGAGAGAGAGAACCCAGAGCCUGUUGGACAGACACAGUGGGAAAACCAAGCCACCAAGACGCCUCCAUCUGCCACUGUGCACUCAUGCGAUGUCCCACAGUGCUGGCAUGUUUAGGCUCAACUCUGGAAACUCUACUCUCUAAAGAUAAUGAUGACGUGCAAUAUUCUCACUGUUCCUGCUCUCUUCUCAUAACAACACAAGCAAACCUGUGCAGUCAUCGUGUUUUUAAAGCAGAGGGUUCUUAUUGCACUCUGGGCUGCCAGAUGAUUUAAAUGUUGUUUUAAGAUAGACAGGGUACGAGGUCAACAGAGUAUCAGCACCUUUGUCUUUACAGCUCCUUAGGGUGGGCCAGCAAAAUGAGAUUGGCAGUAAAAGUUAACGCCAAGGUGAUGGCAGACCUUGACAUAUUAGAUGAAACAUAAAUUAAAACAUCAAACUGACGCUUAUUAAGAAUAAGUGUCUUUCUUAAUAAUGCUUUAGGGGUUUCUGCUGCCUCUUACGUAGACAAAGGUAGCAUUAACAGAGGAUGUGAGGGGUUAAUCUCUCCAUCUUUAAGAUAACUGUGUGUUGGAAUGCAAAAUGCCUGAAGAAAAAAGUUGCACUUCUUUCUCUAAAUUGUAUAUCCAGCGCCCCCUGCAGGAUUGUAUGUGGUGUAGACACAUCACAUCAAGACACCGAGCAGCAGUGACAUGCAAUAAUUUGUUUUACACUCAAAUGUUUUUUUCUUCACUAACAAUUUCCUCGCAACGCUUACAAGAAAUGUGUGGCUGCCACCGUUUCUGCUGCAGGGAUGCAGAUGACCAGAAUUUAAAAUUAAAGCAAAUUUAAUGCAAAAGUCAGCAUGAUUUGUGUGAAUGCCAAAAAAACAAAAAGUAACAAAGUGCCAAAACUUGUUUUAACAAUAAAAUCAACUCAAGAUAUUUCAUUACUGUCAGGGAAUAUUCAACAGUAUGCUUAGUUUGUCACAUGCUCAGGCUGCCUAUACAAGGAGUGGCAAUAAUUCAGAAUGCUGUGGCACAGUGGAUCAAAUGUGAUGCUAUCGGAUGGUUGAGGAUUCAAUAAAAGGAUGGCUCCUUG